AACCAUGUAUUACUGCCUCUCUACGCUUCCCCACUUUGCAACUAUACGGCCCAAACCCACGUCUCUCUCUCCACAUCGAGCUCUCCCCAUCAGAGCCAUGAGAGCCGUCGUCCAGCGAGUCGCCUCCGCCAGCGUCGAGGUGGAAGGCCGCACCGUCUCGGCCAUUGGGCCGGGUCUUCUCGUCCUUGUCGGGCUUCACGAGUCCGAUACCGUCUCCGAUGCCGAGUACAUAUGCCGGAAGGUGUUGAAUAUGCGGCUGUUCACAAAUGAGAGUAGUGGCAGAGGAUGGGACCAAAACGUAAUGCAGAGGAACUAUGAAGUCUUACUAGUGAGUCAAUUUACAUUGUAUGGAACCUUGAAGGGUAACAAGCCUGAUUUUCAUGUGGCCAUGGCGCCGGAUAAAGCAAAGCCCUUUUAUGCUUCGCUGGUUGAGAGCUUUAGAAAAUCCUACAAGCCGGAUGCAAUAAAAGAUGGUGUGUUUGGAGCAAUGAUGAAGGUAAAUCUGGUAAAUGAUGGACCAGUUACAAUGCAAUUCGACUCACCAUCCCCUAAGAACUCAAAUGGUGUCAUUGAAGAAUCGUGAUUUGGUUGGCUUGGCUUUGAUUCAAUGUAUACUUGGCAAUACAGCGGAAUUCAAGUGUGUGGAAUAUAAUUUAAGAUUUUUGAGAUCAAUAGCAAUGGCUGAUGACACUUGGAAUUGUAUCAUAUGGAUCAUGAUGUUUU